AGUAUGUCAACUACACAUCAGUCUUAAAAGCUGUGAAGAAAUAAAGAAAUUGGACAUUAAAAUCGUACAAGAAGCAUUAAGAUACGAUGUGAUGGUGUCAAUAAAUGACAAUUUGAUCCAAGCAAAUGAAUGUGUGAUUUCGUCUAUAUCAAACGGCAGUAUUAUUAUAUCAUUGAAAGGGUGCAAAAAGGAUUCCUUCAAAAAAUUAUUCGCUACAAAUAUACAGGAUCCAGUUUUAAAUAUACUGCGAUGUUUGUUCCUCAAUACUAAUAUCAGAGGAUUACUUCAUCGCAAAGCAAUAGUAUUAGAAGUUGAACUGAGAUACAUUCCACCAAAAAAAGAAGAAAAGACAUUCGAUGUGGUAGAAACCCAUUUCGACUUUUUAGUGGAAGAACUUGAUGUUUUCCAAUUCAUAGAGCCACUUAAAGAGCAGAAUGUUCUGACGGAAUAUAACAUUAUUGAAAUUGUAGAGAAAACACAAGAUUCACGUACUGCAAGAGUAACAGCCCUGCUGAAACAUAUUCAAAUGCGGAGGAAACAGGACAUUUUUCUUGCAAUUUUAAAGGAAAAAAAGGAAUAUGUAUGGGAUCAUAUUUGCGGAUCAGAAAAUUCAGAAAAAGGGCCUGAAUUUCCUGUCGACAUUUUGGUAGAUUCAUAUGAGGAACUAGCGGAAAACAUGAAUCCUAGCCUUCUUGUUAAAACGGUUUUUAAAGAGAGAGAAAUACCAAUGGAUUUCCAACUUCUAAAUCGGAACAUAAAAGCCAAAUUUAUUUUGCAACAUUUUAUGGUGAUGGGUAAAGAAAAACGUUCAAAGUUUCUACAUACACUCUUCAUGUUGGAUCAAAUACCAUCAACACUUUGGAAGCAUGAAGUUGAUCCAAAGAUAAGUCUAGUAAUUGAAGGAAGUUCAAUUCAAUAUAGUAUCAAAGGAGCUGCUAAAAAGGUUAAGAAGACGAAGAAAAAACGUCUAGCUGUCAUAUUUGCUGCAGAUAUUGUUGUGAAAGAAACGCCAACGAUCAAAGCAGACGUAAAAAAUACAUUGUCGUCCCAAAGGCAUAGCAACAUAAAAAGAGAUAUUUCAUUGCCAUGGAAAUUCAACAUAACAGACAAGAUAAGACCACUAAAACCAGAACCAAACAUAUUCAGUCAAGAUGACGACAAGAGUCUUAUCAAUGGAAAGAUGACGAAGAAUGGAUGAAAGCAACGAUAUACAGAUUUAUCAAAAAUCAUUCAUUUGUUCGAGUACAAACACUACGACGCAGGAGUGUAACAAAGUAAUGUAAUAAAAAUGAUAUUACACUGGCGUAGUAACACUUUGGUGUGACAUUAUUUUCGUAAUAUACAUAUAUAUCGUUAUUAAAGCGCGCUAUUGUUAGCGUUACUCUAUUGGUGCGUCAAACCAUUUUUAUUUUGAAUAUAUGAUAAAAAAAUAUUAUAUUCUUGUAUAUAAAAUGUAUUGAACUCAUUGAAUAUAUAACAAUAAUAUGAUUGCCGAAGGCUUGCAUAAUAUGAUUCUGUUCAACACGUUCAAUAACUUUAGUAUUAAACCUUCACUUAUUCGAUAUCCCCUUAAUCUUAUGCAGAUCUUUUUUGAAGUAAUAAUUUUUGCUUGCUACAUGUGUAUUAUCAUUGUUACUUAAUACAUAAAUCAUUUCAUCUUUUAAUAAAACAAAUUAAAUGACAUCAGUGAAGAGAAAAAAAGAAAUAAAAUGUUAAAAAAAAUAAUAAGAAAUGAAACCUUUUCCAUAAAGUUUUGUUUAAACUUUGUGAGCUGUUUCAAAAUAUGCACAUUAAACAAAAGAUGUGUUUUAGGAACCAUAUUUAAGCCCCGUUUAUUUAUUUAUGUGCAUUUGUUUUACAUAUUAAUUAAUUCAUUUUACAUUUUUCUAUGAUUACUUUACAUAACAUACAUAACAAAAUGAAUACAUAUGUUGUUGUGUAAGUGGACAUUUUAAAAGAAGUUCAAAGAGGUUAAACGUGAACCUCUUUUGGAAAAAGGAUAUAAUACUUUAAACAAAAGUUUAAUUGAGUCAAUUAUAGAGUUUUCAGUCAAUAGGAAAUAUCUUUUUUUUCAACAAACAACGUUAAGAUGAAACGAAAAAAAGGUAGUAUCAAGAAAAAAGCUGCUUUAGUAAUAUACUGCUGAUAUAUCAUCAAUCAGUACUUAAAGCAUUACUAGAAAGUUGUUCCACUUACUGUUAAAAUAAUCAGAUAAUAAUUUUGAAAUGCUAUGUAUUUUCCUAAGGAUGUUUCAUCAAGCAAUUUUUUAAACAAAGAUUAUUUCGUAUUUUGGCAAAAAAGAGAAUAAUCAAUAUAUGAUAAAAUCUUAUUUCGGGAAUGAAAAUGUGACAAUAAAAAUUGUCUUUGUUAACAUGUAUACCAAUUUCAACAAACCAUUUAAACAAUUCAUUCCAAAAACUUUGUGUUUUUUGACAGAUUCAAAAUAUAUAUUCUAUGCUAUCUAUUUCCAUAUUACAAAAAUCACUAGAUUUUCACAAAAAGGCUAGACUCAACUAAUUUACACCUAAAGAGAAAUUUGUUAGUUGCAAUAUUUCUAUGUAAGAAGUCAAAAUACAAAAAUUGCAAAAUAUUAUCCUUACAAAUAUCAAACGCAUUUAAAUAUAUAAGUGUUGUCAGUUGAAUUUUUUAUCUUGAAAUACUGUCUCCCAGAGAUUAUUUCUGAUUUGAUGUAUUUUACCAUGUUUGUUAAUAUUUGUAUUUUGCUUCAUCUGUAAAUGUUUUGUAGUGUUCUUGACAUUUUGUUUAUACAAAUUAAUCUUAUUUAAAUAUACAACUAAGAACGAUUGUGUUUAUUUUGAGAUUCUCCUGCAGUUUCAUGGACUAUUUUACUAAUUACGUUGGAAAAUGUAUACCAGUUUGGAUUUCUGUUUAUUGAUCAUUAAUUGUUUCAUGCUUUCGUUCAUGUUAUUUGUUUACUUUAUUAACAUCUCAAUUGCAUACUGAUUAUAUGGUCAAUGCACACAAUAUAUUAAUCUUUGAUAAAUGUUUAGUAACUUUUUCUGAGAUGUGCGUAGUAAGAUGUGAUUAAAUUCCACUUGCUUCUAUGAAAUUGUUAUACUGACCAUUAUAGCGCAAUAGGGUAAACUGCAAUUUCUAAAUGUCGUACGUGUUGUAAGUUCGAGUGUUUGUUUCUUCUUAUUUAUAACUAUUUCAACAUUAUUGAAACUAUGAUUUUCUAUAUUGUUCUGUUUUACUUUUUAAUAUUUUUGCACUUAUUUUAGUAAAUAUUAUAUAUUCUUUCUAAAAUACCACGGUUUAAGAAUUAAUAUAUAAAAUUCAUUCCGAUUAAAAUAAAAAAUGUCAUUUUAGUGCCGUAAAAUGCAACGCAAUUCGAGACAAAAAAAUGUUAUAUCCCUGUAGACAAGUUUGCAUUGCAAGCACUUGGCUAUAUUUAUUGAAAUAUAUUUCAGACUUAAACAAUGGCAAAAGUAGGGAUUGAAGUAUUGUUGUUGCAGUUGUUGUUGUUGUUUAAGAAAUAUGGGUAAUCUUUUUAACAAAACGAGAUUUUUAGAUCUAUUGUUGUCACUGUUUUUAUGUUCUUUAUUUUUCAGAUAAGUGAAAAAAUUAUAAUAAUUGAGCCGUGUCAUGACAAAACCAACAUAGUGGGUUUGCGACCAGCAUGGAUCAAGACCAGCCUGCGCAUCCGCGCAGUCUGAUCAGGAUUCAUGCUGUUCGCUUAUAAACCCUAUAGCAAGUAGAAAAACUGAUAGCGAACAGCAUGGAUCCUGAUCAGACUGCGCGGACGCGCAGGCUGGUCUAGAUCCAUGCUGGUCGCAAAACCACUAUGUUGGUUUUGUCAUAACACGGCUCAUAUAUGUGGUCUGAGCGAUGUUUAUCGGCUUAUUAACACCGGUUUGGAGUUUUGAUGUGAUGUCCACGAAUGCCGUCGGCCUGUGUGGUCAUUUUUUUCUCGCAUCAAAACUACAGACAAGUGUUGAAUGCCCGUUAAGACCGCGCUCCGACGGCUUUUUUAACUAUUCAAAACAAGAGCAACCAUUAAUGUCAUACUUUUCAUUUGGAGAAAAUUUCCGCUGCCGAUAUGUUUAUUGAGAUGUUUUAUUUCUCACCCUAUGUCAUUAAAUGUAAAAAUGAUUAAACACAAUAGUUACAAAAUGAAGUUCUAAGGAUUUUUUGCCUUUUAUACCGUAUAAGUACUUAUUUCUGCGGGCUUAAUAUUCUGCGAUUUUGGUUAAAAUAAGGGGUUUUAAAUUUCGGCGUAUCUUAUUUCUGCGGUGUCAUCAUUCUCGCAUUGAUGCUUUUUAUUUCUGCGUUUUAAUUAAGAUAUUUUUUUUUUUUACAAAAUUAACCGAUACAAACAGAAAACUUUUAAGUGUAACACUGCAUGUGUAUAAAUAUGAAGUGUGAAAAAUGAACAAUGGUAACAUCGCACGUAGACACAAUAUAUUGUACAAAUACAAAAGGGUAUGUUUAUUGCACCCCUCAAACUUUAAUAGUAUUAUUUUAAAAUAAACCAAGCUUAGGGUGAGCGAAAAUCAUACAAAAAGAACAAGUAAAGUAACUUUUUUUCUAAUAUUUUAUUUCAUGACGGAUACAUAAAGAAAAAUUCCCAUCUACAGUACAUGAUAAUGUAAUUAUACAUAACAGGUAGU